AUGACACUUGAAGACAAGCAUGCAGGUAAUGGGCGCCUUGUGAGAAAGAGUCAGCAGUAUCUAGGUGAGAAGCAACAAGCAAAUGGGAAACCAGUAACAAAUGGGAAAGGUGAGACUGUAAAACAGGAGGCAAAUGGGAAAUGUGACAUGCCCAGAAAAAUCCUCAAGGUGUACAGCUGGCAGGAGAUCCAGACACACAAUCAGGAGGCUGAUCAGUGGAUGGUGAUCAAUUGUAAGGUCUAUGAUGUUACUGACUGUGCCAAGAGGCAUCCAGGUGGGCACAGGGUCCUCAACCACUAUGCUGGCGAAGAUGCCACAGAUGUCUUCAGAGCCAUGCACCUGAAGCUUGACAUUGUAAAAUUGUACCUUGAGCCACUGCUUAUCGGAGAGCUUGCCCCAGAAAAGCCCAGCCAAGAAAGAAACAAAAAUCCCCAAUUGGUGGAAGAUUUCCAAGAACUGCAAAGAACAUUGGAGGCCAUGAACAUGUUCAAGGCCAACUGGGUGUUCUUCUUCCUUCACUUGGCCCAGAUCUUGAUUUUGGAGACCCUGGCUUGGCUAGUGGUGUGGCAUUUUGGCAAUGGCUGGCUUAUGACAAUAUUCAUUUCCUUCCUUCUCUUAAUUUCCCAGAUUCAGAGUUUUUUUCUGCAGCAUGAUUCAGGACACCUUUCCAUGUUUACGAAUUCCAGGUGGAACCACCUGAUGCAGAAAUUUCUGAUGAGUCAUCUCAAGGGACUAUCAGCAAAAUGGUGGAAUAACCAACACUUCCAACAUCAUGUAAAAACAAACAUCUACCCCAAAGACCCAGAUAUUGAUGUGGGCCCACUUUUCCUGGUUGGAGAUUUACAACCUGUCAACUAUGGCAAGAAGAAAAUCAAAUUCAUUGACUACGAAAAGCAGCACCUGUAUUUCCAUAUGGGUGAGUUUCCUUGAAGCCACUUUCUUUACCAUACCA